ACUACAGAGAGACGUUAAGCGAUGUGUGAGGGGAGGAGUGGAGGACUGGAGAAGGCAGUUCAAAACUUCCAAUAACCUCGACAACCAGAAUCUUUCCUUCUCUUUUCCUGCUCCUUCAUUCCUUCCUUCGACUCUCACUAUCCUUCCUGGAGAAACAAAAGUAAAAGAGAAUAAUGCAAAGACGGCAACAAGAGAGAGAAGUAGUGAUCAGUAGGAAUGUCAUCAGUGAUCUUCUCGAGAUCCGAAACUCCAGUGGAGAUGGAUCACCAACAACAAGAAGAAGAAGGCAAUCAAAACGGCACGAGGAAAUCGGAUAGCGAAGGCAAGCACUCCUCGGAUUACGCCCCGUACCCGAAACUCGAUCCGAAAGAUAUUUCUCCUCCUCCUCCUCCUCCUCCUCCUCCUCCACCUCCCGCUGCUGCUACUAAUCAGGAGAAUUGGGAUACCCUUGUGAUGGGAACUCAAUCGCAAGGCGAUCCUUCGACAAAUAGGUCGCAAAAACCUUCUGCUAUUCCCGAAAAUCUCUCCACCGCAAUGCCUCCUGAAUCCAAUCCUUACGUCUCUUCUUCCUCCGGGCUGUCGUCUUCCUCGUCCAUCAAGGAGAAGAUGGAAACUGUUCGCAAUGUGCUUGGGAGGUGGGGAAAGAAGGUGGGAGAAACCACGAAGAGGGCGGAGGAUCUGGCUGGAAACAUGUGGCAACAUUUAAAAACAGCACCUAGUGUAGCCGAUGCUGCCAUGGGAAGGAUUGCUCAGGGAACCAAAGUUAUAGCAGAAGGUGGUUAUGAGAAAAUCUUCAGACAGACCUUUGAGACUGUUCCUGAGGAGCAACUGAAAAACUCUUAUGCAUGCUACUUAUCCACAUCGGCUGGUCCAGUUAUGGGAAUUUUAUAUCUCUCCACGUCGAAGCUUGCAUUUUGCAGUGACAGUCCUCUUUCGUACAAAAUUGGAGAUCAAACUGCGUGGAGCUAUUAUAAGAUACUUAUCCCUUUGCAUCAGCUUAAAGCAAUUAAUCCUUCAGCAAGCAAAGCCAAACCGGCUGAGAAAUACAUCCAAAUUACCUCUGUUGACAACCAUGAGUUUUGGUUCAUGGGUUUUGUAAACUAUGAUGGUGCUGUUAUCAACUUGCAAGACACUUUGCAGGGCUGCAACUUACAAUCUGUGUGACAGCUAUAUACUCUGGGGGUAUGUGCCACAUGCUGUUGAGAUUUUAUUGGAUGUUGAUAUUUUUUGUGCUGAAAACUGAACAUAUAUUGAGAAAAGAAAAACUGCUGUAUGGUGCUCUGUUUUGAUUAAUCCGUCUGGUUUCUCUUGUCAUGAGCUUAGCAUCUGUACUUUCUUUUUGUGAUACAGUUUGCAUAUAGAUAGAAUCCUUCGUGUA